UUCAGGUGUUCAGAUUGCCAAGACAACAGGAUCAAGGGGAGGUUCUGUCUCUCAGUCUCUGGGCCCGGCGUCAGUUGGUCUUCAGACACCGGAAAGGCCAGGAUGUUGCUGCAGGUCUUAAUUGUUGUUUCCCUUUUCCACAUGGUCUUUGCGCAAACUAUUUCCCCGACAACGAACAGAGGAAGAUUCACCGUUGAAGAUCCUGACAAGAUUCUUGAUACUAUGCAGCCUCCGGUUUUGAGUAACAACGACCCUUCAAACAAGAACGACAUCGACUAUUACGCCGACCUGCCCAGUGCCCAAGAUGCCCAAGAGGACGAUGACGGCGACUCCGUCAACUUCGGGGGCAUGUUGCUGGACCCCAACACUUUCAGGGCACUGUUCGUGACCAGGACACCUCUGAGCAGUGACCUGCUCUGGGUCAAGGACAAAAGCUACUUCACGCCUGAGGUGCCUUACGGCUUCACUAGCACUGGUAAACCGCUCAAAGAACUCUUCAAGGAAGUCAUGAAAGAGUGGUCAAGGGGCACCUGCCUUAAAUUUCGUUCUUAUGUUGAAGGAGAAGACAGCCACAUUCUGGCCUUUUCGAAAGAGAACACCUGCAGCGUUCACCUGGGUAAACAGAAAAAGCGCGUCCAGUACCUCACUGUCUCCGACGAGUGUUCGACCAAACAGGACAUCUCCACGAGCUUGGGUGUCGCUCUCGGCUUCCUCUACCAGAGGCUGAGGAGCGACAGAGACGAUUACAUCACCAUCAACUACCCGUCAGUCGACCCUCUGGGGAGAUAUUUCUUCGACAAAGUUAGCAACGAAAGUUAUUACACUCACGGUAUUCCGUUCGACUACACGUCAGUUAUGCAGGAGCCUCCACUGAUCUUCUCCAGGGACGGAACCCAACCGUGAUAGCAAAUGACAUCCAGUACCAGGGGCUGCUCGGCCGAUCCAAAGGGCACCUGUCCUUCUAUGACAAGAAGUUGUCAAUGUUCAUACCGUUGUAUUU